CCAAACUUUGAUGCUCCAAACCUCAUAAAUAGAUUAUUAAUUUUUAGCCUGGAUUUCACAGACAGGGUCACAAGUCUGAAUGACUAAAUGGGCUAACAGCCAGCUGGUCAUUCUGAGUAGGAAGGUCAAAAAUUUAAAACAAUUUGGCCUUAAACCAUUUUUAAAAUAUGUAAAUUUAUGACUUGAUAGUUUAUAUAUGCUUCAGUCUGCCUGAGUUUCAGCCCAAUGCACUUUUUAAGUAUAUAAUAGCAAUGCUAUGAAAGGCUCCUGCCUCAAGAAUGAUUGUGAAAAGCGACAUUGUUGUGAGGAGGACAGAGCAUGCUUUAGAAAUGACACACGUUGUCACAGCAGUUUUGAAGAGCUGGACUCGGUGAGACAGUAAGAUUGAGAGCAUAUUCAUGAUGGCACUACCCUGGCUGUUAGUUUUGGAGCUUGUCCUUUAUGCUGGAUGUUUCGUCUGUGGGGUAAUAGCUGCAGCCUGGCUGACACUUACUCAGGGCCACUUUGACGGACGAUGCAUCCUCUAUGGCAGUGUUCACUAUAAUGUAUCUAUCCAGAGUGUGACCCUAGAGGGCUCUAGUUCUUCAUCCAUCUGCUAUUUUCUGUCAGCCAUUGCUGUGUUUAUGGCUAUUUACUGCUUUUUUCUUAUUCUUUACUGGAUCUAUGCCAGCUGUGUGGUUGACAAUGUGAGAAGGGGGACUGUUUCUCUCAACACGUCUCUAGGAGUCUGUGGCCUUCUUCUGUUUCUUCUCUUAGUAUCAGGAUGUAUUCUCAAAAUCGGUAGAGACAGCUUGUGCUUCUCUGUCCUACAUAACGUUCCCUCUAUUACAAGUUGUGAAGAUGCAGAGAACCAGACCUGGAUUCCUCCCUACACUGGAAAUCAGUUCCACGCUGGGCUGUACAAUACUGAGAAGUCGGUGUGGGUAAGCUUCUUCUUCUGGUUGUUAAUUACUGCAGUGGUGAUCAUUCAGAAAUGGCAGAGCUUGAGGAUGAAGGUUUGGGGUGAUGAUGAGUGGAGUCGGGCUGAAACAGAGCCUUUCCUGCAUCGCCCAUCUCGCACUUAGAUAUCCCCAUUGCAUGAAAUAUACUUAAGAUAUACAUGAUAUUUCACAGAAUAAACCUCAACAAGAUGAUCAGGACAUG